CCGCCCGGAGACGGCACGUGCGCUCGGGGGUGGGAGGUUUCCGGGCCGGGCCAUGGACACCCCGCGGAGGCGCAGCCGGCGGCUGGGCGGCCUGAAGGCCGAGCCUCCCGGGAGCCCCGCCGCGGUUCUGCGGGCGAGACGAGCGCUUGCGGAGUUCGAGUCGGACCGGGAGGAACCGAGGGAGCCCGCGUCUCCUCGGCGUGUGCGGCCGCCCGGCCUGGAGUCCCCCCGACGUCAGCCGGAGACACGCCCGGGAUCGCCCAGUCUGGGGUCCCCCCGGAGGGAGCCGGGCCCGGGGUCCCCCCAGGGUCAGCAAGAUCCAGGCCCGGGGUCCCCCCGGAGGGAGCCGGCGUCGAGUCCUGAGCGCCCCCGACGUGAGCCCCAGCCAGGAGGGGCGUCCCCGCAGGCCUUCCGGAGCCGAGGAGAACCGGGCGCGGAGCUGGCCCCGAGUGCGGAGGAGCUGGCCCGGCGGUCCCCCCGACACCAGCCGCCGGGCCCUGGGUCACCAGAACCUCACCCCGGACAGCCAGCGCCGGGCCCGGAGCCCUCGCCGCCGCCGCAGGAGCGGACCCCCCCGCCACCCGGCUCGGCCCGGGGCCCGCAGCUGCCGAGCCAGCCCCCUCCGGCCCGGGAGCCGGUGAGAGACGGCCUUUGGCCAAAGAAGCGAAAGGGGUCUCCACCCCGGGCCCCGGCGCCCAAGAAGCUGGAGGAGGAGGUGGCGGUUCCGUUAAUCCCGAAGGGAAAGCCCAAGUCGGGGCGGGUGUGGAAGGACCGCGCCAAGAAGAGGUUCUCCCAGAUGGUGCAGGACAAGCCCCUGCGCACCUCCUGGCAGCGGAAGAUGAAGGAGCGGCAGGAGCGGAAGCUGGCCAGGGACUUCGCGCGGCACCUGGAGGAGGAGAAGGAGCGGCGCCGGCAGGAGAAGCAGCAGCGCCGCGCCGAGAACCUGAAACGCCGCCUGGAGAACGAGCGCAAGGCCGAGGUCGUCCAAGUGAUCCGAAACCCCGCCAAGCUCAAGCGGGCGAAGAAGAAGCAGCUGCGCUCCAUCCAGAAGCGGGACACGCUGGCCCUGCUGCAGCCGCCGCCCCGGCCGCCCGCCCAGGUCUGAGUGGGACAGCCGAGGCCUGGAGCCGAGCUCGCCCCUCACUGCCUCUGCUGGGCCCGCACGCCCACUCUGCCUCCAUGAGAGGGACCCCGCGCCGGAUGGGACAGCCCAGAGGGAGCCGGGCCCUGGCAGAGGUUAGGGGCUGGGCGGGGGAUCAGCCCCGCCCCCCGCUCCUUCCCCAAGUGCCUUCAAGCCCAGGAGAGCCCGCUCUUCUGCCUCCUGAGGGGGCUGGUGCCUGACUCCCCACAUGUGCAUGUUCUGUCUCGAGGUCCCGGCCCCCCAGACCAGGAGGCCGGCAGGGAGAGCCCAGCUCCCAUCCCUCCCCAAGCUGCUCUGGGCACCUCUGCACCCACUGACCCCACUGAGCCCAGCCCCACCCACUUCCAACACUGAAAGGUGAACAUGGGAGGUUGCAGGGUUCCCCUCCAGCCCCCUCCUGUACCAACCUCCACAGAAGCCCCAAAGAUGUGCCGAACUCA